AUGACUGAUCCGGCAACCAUAGGCGUUGACGCACCACCGCCAACGCAGCCGACAACAAACGGCAAGAAGUCAAACCGUCUGAGCGACCUGGAUCGCUUCAACCCCCUGCGGUCUGCGGAAGACAACGACGAGGACGAAGACGAGCAAGACACGCUUCGGCCGCUGGACGACUCGGACUUAAGCUCAGCGAGCUACCUCGCCCGGCUCACGGGCGUGGCGUGUCUGGGCGGCCUGCAGUUCGGCUGGGAUACCGGAAUUGCAAGCGGCAUGCUUGUUGCCAUCCAUGCCGACCUGGGUCACGAGCUGAGCGAGGGCGAGCAGGAGCUCAUCGUGAGCGCCACUACGGUGGGCGCAAUCUUAGGAUCGGUCGUCGCGGGUAGAAUGGCCGACUGGCUCGGGCGCAAGAAGGUCAUGAUUGCCUCCGGUGUCCUCUUCCUUCUCGGUGCGCUCGAGCAGGCUGCUUCGCAGGUGGUGCGCGAGCUGGUCCUCGGCCGCGUUCUGGUGGGUCUCGGAGUGGGCAUGGCGAGCAUGGUGGUGCCGACGUAUCUCGCCGAGGUGGCGCCAACAAAGGUACGCGGGCGUGUCGUCGGCAUCAACAGCCUGCUGGUCACCGGCGGUCAGGUGAUCGCCUAUCUCAUCGAUGCUGCAUUCUACAAUCUCCCACACGGCUGGCGCUGGAUGGUGCUGGCAGGUGGCAUUCCGGCGGUGUUUCAGCUGGUCGGCAUGAUCUACCUGGAUGAGUCGCCGCGCUGGCUCGUGGCGCGCGGACGCAUCAUUCGUGCACGCCGCGUGCUGCAGCGCAUCUAUCCGAACGCAAGCGCACGCAUGAUCGACAGCGAGAUCGAGCGCAUCGCGCUCAGCAUGGAGGGCGCCACGCAGCGUGAAGAAACGGACCCAGACGCUUCGCAGGCGGCCGAGCGUCGUGCCGAGGAAAACAGCACUGGACAGGCCAGUUUGCAGGCAACGCUGGAGCGCAUCGCUGGGGCGCCUCAGCAAAUCACCUCGAGCGCGCGCCAACGGACGACGCAGGUCAAGAGCAAGCUCAACACGCUGCUGCACGAUCCGACGCAUCGACGUGCGCUCGUGAUCGCAUGUGCACUCCAGUUCUUCCAGCAGGCGAGUGGAUUCAACUCGCUCAUGUACUUCAGUGGUCGGCUCCUGCUCAUGGCGGGGUUUGUGGCCAACCCAAACGCAGCUGCGGUGGGCAUCGCUGUUGCCAAUUUCAUCGGUACCGCCGUGUCGAUGCGCUACAUUGACGGCUGGGGUCGCCGGAAGCUCAUGCUGUACACCACGGCUGCGAUGACCGUCUCGCUGGUGCUCGUCAGCAUCGGGUUCAGCCAGAUCGACCUCGGACCGGUGAGCGGCAGCCCCGAGGCAGCGAGGGAGGCGCAUUCGGCCUGGCCGUACUGGACGCUGAUCUGCAUGGUGCUGUUUACGCUCAGCUAUGCGCUCGGGCUGGGCAUCGUACCGUGGCUGGUGCAGGCCGAGAUUUUUUCGGGCCAGGUGCGCGGGCUGGGCGCUGGUCUGGCAACGGCGACGAAUUGGACGACGAAUCUGCUGGUCUCGUCGACGUUUCUGCAUCUGGUCAAGCUCAUCACGCCGCAGGGGUGUUUCGGCGUGUUUAGCGUGGUGUCGGCGCUGAGUUGCGCGUUUACGUUCUGGCACCUGCCCGAAACGUCGGGCGUCAGUCUCAGCGAUGUGUCGACGACUUUGGGUCGGUCGACCGGUGGAAGAAGCGGGCGUCAGGACGCAUACACCGCGCUUGCGACGGCAGAGGACUCCGAUUAG